GCGGCCUGCAGCUGAGCAUCAGAGAGGCAAGUUUUGUUGCUGACAGCAUGAAGUUUCUGGUGAACCUGUUCAUUCUAUCUCUUUGUGCCGUUGGGAAAAGAUGUUCGAACACGGAGGCCGGGGACUGGCCUCCUGUGCACAUCAGCCUGUUCUACGAAUCCCGGUGUCCCGAUUGCAGUGACUUCGUAGUCCACGAACUCUGCCCGGUGUGGAUGAGGAUGAGGGAGGUUCUCAACAUCACCCUGAUACCAUUCGGGAACGCUGAGAUAAUUCAAGGUGCCCAGGGCGUGCAGUACUUGUGCCAACACGGGGAGGAAGAGUGUCUGGGAAAUAUGAUCCAGAGCUGCAUGAUUCAUCACCUGAAGAACACCUCGUCUUACCUGCCCGUCAUUUGCUGCAUGGAGUCUGCCCACACAGUGGUCGCAACCACCCAGCAGUGUUUGCAAGACCACGCGCCUGCCUUGACCUGGGAGACCAUCAGCGAUUGUGUCGACGGAGAGUUGGGUGCCCGACUCAUGCAAGUAAACGCUCGCUUGACCACUAGUCUGGAGCCUCCACAUCGUUAUGUUCCUUGGAUUCUCAUCAACGGGGUUCACUCUGAGGAUAUCCAGCAUCAUGCAGAGGGUGACCUCCUGGAGCUGGUCUGUCAGACCUACACAGGCUCUCUGCCUGCGGUUUGUGGUCAAAGAAUCUAGGUCUCAGAGAUCCAAGCAUAGGCCUACUGGCAAGUGGAAGCCAUGAAUGAAUUUAAAAACUCACCUGAUGUUCAAUGAUUUACAGUGACUUACCGCAUCUC